AAUAACUCCAGAAACUCCACUUUGGACCUGUAAGGUACAAAUUGUGGAUAUAUAUGGACCCGCAGAGAGCAAAGAAAGAAAGGUAAAAUAUCUAAACAUGAUCGUGCAGGAUGAACAGGAAUAUCAAACAAAGGCCACUGUUUAUGCCGAUGACAUACCCAGUUAUCAAAAACGGAUUAAGCUUUACCACACUUUCCGCAUAACAGGAGGACGCGCACAACCGCCAUAUUUGAGAUAUGAAAAGCCCCUGUCUGCAUUUAACUGGGUUCUUGAUAAAAAGAGCAUCAUUGAUCCAAUUAAAACAGAUGAUGUCGAUGCGCUGCCGCCACCUACCAAGCUUAACAUCACAUCCUUUGCGGAUAUUAAACGCAGCGUUGCCCAGACAAUGGCAACUGACCUGACCAAAAAAGAAUUUGACAUACUCGCAAUUGUUGUCAACUGUUCUCCCCCAAGAUAUGUUGCGACUGUGGAAAAAAGAUUGCAAGAACUCAUUGUUGUCGAUAUGUUCAAACAAAAUCUUACCUUCACUAUAUGGGAAGAGGGAAUUAUAGAAAACGAAGGUAGGAAAUUGCUGCACCAAUUCCGAGAAUAUCCUGUAAUCCUUGCUCGCCGUAUUGGAGCGUCAAGAUAUAACGGUGUGUCGCUGACAACAAAAUUUGACACAACAAUUCAGAUUGAUCCACCUUAUCCACAACGCCGAGAACUACAAGCAUGGGUCACUGAGAACCGCCAAAUACUUACCUCUUUCACUCUCAGAAGUACAUCCACAUCAGGAUUUCUUCUCUCUGUUCGCAUGGAUGAAGAAAUAGUACCUAUUGCAAGCAUUGACUCGCAACAAGAUGGCCACACAUUUACAGUUGAGGCAAAAAUAACCUUUCCCACUGACCUUAAGAAAUUCUAUGUCUUAGUCUGUUCAAACUGUGGGCAAGACGUGCGCUAUCCAACCAUAAGAGAAAUCGAUUGUAUGAACUGUGACCAGAAAAACCUCUUAGUACCCAGGUGCAGGUUUGAUGUAGAUCUCACAGAUGACUUAGGCUCAACAAUUGGAAUAAUUAUGGAUAAAGAAGGAGAAAAAUUAUUGUCCCUUACUGCAGAAGAAAUUUACAAAAGGGCUUCGGAUCCGGUACUACUUCUAAUCAAAUCAUAAUAUGCAUAAUUCUCACUUAAUAAAUAUAAAUUACUAUCCCUCCUAGGGUAACUAUCCAUCUCUGGAAGACGUUCAAGCUACCAUUAGCAACAAACUCUUCCAUGUUCGAGCAA